UUGUUAAUUUCAGAUUUGUGUGCAAUAUAGUUUUUCCAAUCAGCUCUUUGUUUCAUCUUAUUCUUAUCUUGAACUAAUUCGUAAAUCAUCUACAGUCAUGUCUACAGUUGCAUCUACUGGAGUACCAACUGGCGGUGCAACUGCUGCAGCAGCGGGCGUUCUGGACGAGGCCUCAGAGGAGAGAAUAAUUAAUGAGGAGUACAAGAUCUGGAAGAAAAACACUCCAUUUUUGUAUGACAUGAUCAUGACUCAUGCUCUGGAGUGGCCGUCGCUUACGUGUCAGUGGAUGCCAGAUGUCACAACGCAUGAGGGAAAGAACUACUCGACACAUCGGCUGAUUUUGGGCACCCAUACAAGUGAUGAGCACAACCACCUGUUAAUUGCCAGCAUCCAGAUUCCAGAAGACGAGGUCCAGUUUGACGCCAGUCACUACGAUGCAGAUCGCGCUGAAUUUGGUGGGUUUGGCUCAGUUUCUGGCCGCGUUGAAGUUGACAUCAAGAUCAACCACGAGGGCGAAGUAAACCGAGCUCGCUACAUGCCCCAGAAUCCCUCCAUCAUCGCCACCAAAACCCCAGGCUGUGACGUCCUCAUUUUCGAUUACACGAAACAUCCGAGCAAACCGGACCCGAGUGGAGACGUUAAAGCUGAUUUGAGAUUGAAGGGACAUACAAAGGAGGGUUAUGGUCUGUCGUGGAAUCCGACAACUGCUGGCAGGUUGUUGAGUGCCUCUGACGACCAGACUGUCUGCAUGUGGGACAUCAAUGCCGCUCCAAAAGAUAAGAAGUCCACUCUGGAAGUGCACACUGUGUUCCAAGCCCACCAAGCAGUGGUUGAAGACGUCUGCUGGCAUUUCAGCCACGACUCUAUCUUCGGCUCAGUGGGUGAUGACAUGAAGGUGAUGAUAUGGGACACGAGGAGUGCACCCUCGAAGCCCACUCACAACUUCCAGGGACACCAGGCUGAGAUCAACUGUGUCGCAUUCAACCCCUGCUGUGACUUCCUAUUCGCAACUGGUUCUGCGGACAAGACAGUAGCUUUGUGGGACAUGCGGAACCUGAAGAGUAAGCUGCACUCCUUCCAGAGCCACAGGGACGAGAUAUUUCAGGUGCAGUGGUCACAGCACAACGAGACAGUGCUCGCAUCGUCAGGCACCGACAGACGUGUGAAUGUGUGGGAUCUGAGUCGUAUCGGAGACGAGCAAUCGGCUGAAGAUGCAGAAGACGGACCACCGGAAUUGAUGUUCAUCCACGCCGGACACACUGCCAAGAUAUCUGACUUUUGUUGGAGUAGCCAGGAACCGUGGACACUUUGCUCUGUUUCGGAAGAUAACAUUCUACAUGUGUGGCAGAUGGCAGAGAAUAUUUACUACGAAGAAGAAGAUGAAACUACUGAAAAUGAAGAGGCUGUAGAUACUGAGAACGCAUCUGCGGAAGAAGCAAUGGCAACUGAAGACGCUUCGAAGACACCCAAAAAGCCAAAAGAGUCCGAGGAGACUAAAAUGGACUGCGAAGAAGUUGCUGCGAGCUGAUAAUCUACAGUGAUAAAUUUUCAUUUUUUUUUUCAAUUUGUUUUCAUCGUAAACUUCUGAUCUGAAUUUUUUUAAAUACUAUUUGAUAAUGCAGUGCUAGUGAGUGAUAUUGUAUAACAUGCAAGUGAGUGAAAUUUUGGCUUUGUUUUAUUUUGUUGACAGUAAUUGAAUUUCGAGCGCA